UAAUAAUCCAUAACAAAAUCUAUCAACAGAACACAAAAACACAAUCCAAGGAUUAUCAUUGUUAUCCCCAAAAAUCCAACAUUUAUCCUCUCAGAACAGCACAACCUUUGCAAAACAAAUGAGAGCAAUGGCGGUUGUUGUACGCUGUUCCUGUUUCCACUCUCGUCUUCACUCUUCACUUCCUCAAUUCUGCUCCAACAACACCAACCUUCACCUUUCAGGAAAAUUCACUUGUUUUUCUUUAAAAGUGGACAAGGUUGUGCCACUCUUGAAAGAUACUUUUGACCGGUCUUCUAAAAUUCCAACCGUGCUUCACUGCUCAAACUGUAAGGAUGACAUGCCAAAAAGAUUCCAUUCAUCGCUGUUUCUUGCGAGCAAUUUUUUGAUGUUCUCUAUGCCUUGUAAAGCUUUGGCCGAAACAUGUGAGGCGGAUAACUCUAUGUUCAAUAUGCCUAUACUGCUAGCAGUAGCCCUCAUUGGAGCCACUGUGGGAGGGUUGGUCGCAAGACAAAGGAAAGGAGAAUUACAGCGGUUAAAUGAGCAAUUACUCCAGAUUAACGCAGCUUUAAGGAAGCAAGCGAAAAUCGAGUCCUAUGCUCCCACUUUGAGUUAUGCUCCCAUUGGUGGUGGUAGGAUAGCUGAGAGUGAAAUUAUUGUUGACCCAAAGAAGCAGGAGCUAAUUUCGAAGUUAAAAAGUGGAAAGAAUUUUCUAAGGAAUCAGCAGCCUGAUAGAGCGUUCACGGAGUUUAAGACUGCGCUCGAGCUUGCACAGAAUAUUAAGGAUCCUAUUGAGGAGAAAAAAGCGGCUAGGGGUCUAGGAGCUUCAUUGCAAAGACAAGGAAAGUACCGGGAUGCUGUUAAAUACCAUUCGAUGGUUUUGUCGAUCUCUGAAAGAGAAGGAGAAGACUCUGGGAGCACAGAAGCUUUUGGGGCAAUUGCUGAUUGUUACACUGAGCUUGGAGACCUUGAGAAAGCAGGGCAAUACUAUGACAAGUAUAUUGCAAGGUUGGAAAAGGAUUAAUCUUCACUCCCAUGUUCAACACUUUUCAUGCGUUUUAUUUGAGUUAAUGUUUCAUGAGUUAAUUAUUUUGCUAUUAUUGAGACUGUAAAGUUGGUUUUACACCUUAUUGAGAGUUUAAAUUAGAGAUAAUGCUAUCUUCAAUCUCUAGUAUGUGGAAUGAGGCAUAACUAGUUUUAAGAGAAUACAAAAUUGGUCCAUGAAGGAUGUGGCCAAUUCCAUUUUAGUGUUGUAAUGAUUUUAGUAUCAUCUAUGGUUCCAAACAACGUUAUACAUUAUCAGUGAUCUAUCAAUUCUCAAUCGACAA